GCGUGCUGGCUGGCGAUGCCGGGGCCCGGGGCCCGGGCGGAGGAGGGCAGCGGAGGCGAGGGCGCGGCCCCGGGGUCAGCGGCGGAGCCUGGGGCAGGGCCCGGGCGGGAGCCAGCGCGGCUCUGCGGCUACCUGCAGAAGCUGUCGGGCAAGGGCCCGCUGCGCGGCUACCGCAGCCGUUGGUUCGUGUUCGACGCGCGCCGCUGCUACCUCUACUACUUCAAGAGCCCGCAGGACGCGCUGCCUCUCGGCCACCUGGACAUCGCGGACGCCUGCUUCAGCUACACGGGCCCCGACGAGGCGGCGGAGCCCGGCGCCGAGCCGCCCGCGCACUUCCAGGUGCACAGCGCGGGAGCCGUCACGGUGCUCAAGGCUCCUAACCGUCAACUCAUGACUUACUGGUUACAAGAGCUUCAGCAGAAGAGAUGGGAAUAUUGCAACAGCCUGGAUGUGGUUAAGUGGGACAGCAGGACCUCCCCAACUCCUGGGGACUUUUCUAAGGGUCUCGUGGCCAGAGAUAACACAGAUUUAAUUAACCCACACCAAAAUGCUUCUGCUGAAAAAGCCAGAAAUGUCCUAGCUGUGGAGACUGCCCCUGGAGAGCUGGUGGGAGAGCAAGCUGCAAAUCAGCCCGCCCCAGGGCAUCCGAAUUCCAUUAACUUCUCUUUGAAACAGUGGGGCACUGAGCUUAAAAAUUCAAUGUCGUCUUUCCGUCCUGGGAGAGGGCAUAAUGAUGGUCGGAAGAGUGUGUUUUACACCAGUGAGGAGUGGGAGCUGUUGGAGGCGAGCCCUCAGGACCUGGAGGAGUCCCUGGUGCAGGAAGAGAGAAAGAAGCAGAUCCCCGAAGGAAACAAAGGGGUAACUGGCUCAGGAUUUCCCUUUGAUUUUGGACGUAUUCCCUACAAAGGAAAGCGUCCUUUGAAAGACAUGAUUGGAUCGUACAGAAAUCGUCACAGUAGUGGUGACCCUUCAGCCGAGGGGACAUCGGGCAGUGGUGGUGCCAGCAAGCCGGCCUCUGAGAUGCAGCUGCAGGUGCAGAACCAGCAGGAAGAGCUGGAGCGGUUAAAGAAGGACUUAUCCAGUCAGAAGGAGCUGGUGCGGCUGCUGCAGCAGACGGUGCGGUCCUCCCAGUAUGACAAGUACUUCACGAGCAGCCGCCUCUGUGAGGGGGUCCCGCAGGACACACUGGGGCUUCUGCACCAGAAGGAUGACCAGAUUCUGGGCCUCACCAGCCAGCUUGAGAAGUUCAACCUGGAAAAAGAGAGCCUUCAGCAGGAAGUGAGGACGCUGAAGAGCAAAGUGGGCGAGCUUAGCGAGCGGCUGGGGAUGCUGAUGGAGACCAUCCAGGCCAAGGACGAGGUCAUCAUCAAGCUCUCGCGGCAGCUGAGCGAGUGUGAGGGCAGCGUGUCUUCUCCCACCACCUCGCCCGGCUCGCCCACCGCCGCUCUCGCCAGCAGGGAGCAGCUGGAACUGGACAGGCUGAAAGAUAAUCUACAGGGGUACAAAACCCAAAAUAAAUUUCUAAAUAAGGAAAUCUUGGAACUGUCAGCUCUACGGAGGAAUGCAGAAAGAAGAGAGAGGGAUCUGAUGGCAAAGUAUUCUAGCCUGGAAGCCAAGCUCUGCCAGAUAGAAAGCAAAUACUUGAUAUUGCUCCAAGAAAUGAAGACCCCGGUUUGCUCAGAAGAACAGGGGCCUGCUCGGGAUGUCAUAGCCCAGCUGCUGGAGGACGCUCUGCAGGUCGAGAGCCAGGAGCACUCGGAGCAGGCAUUUGUUAAGCCUCAUCUUGUCAGUGAAUAUGACAUUUAUGGGUUUAGGACUGUCCCAGAGGAUGACGAGGAGGAGAAGUUGGUCGCCAAAGUCCGGGCAUUGGACCUGAAGACCCUCUACCUCACAGAAAACCAGGAGGUUUCCACGGGGGUCAAGUGGGAAAACUAUUUUGCAAGCACGAUGAACAGAGAGAUGAUGUGCUCGCCGGAGUUAAAGAACCUGAUCCGGGCGGGCAUUCCACACGAGCACCGUUCCAAGGUGUGGAAGUGGUGUGUGGACCUUCACACCAGGAAAUUCAAGGACGGCACGAAGCCUGGUUACUUCCAGACCUUGCUUCAGAAGGCGCUGGAGAAGCAGAACCCGGCCUCCAAGCAGAUCGAGCUGGACCUGCUGCGGACUCUGCCCAACAACAAGCAUUACUCGUGCCCCACCUCCGAAGGCAUACAGAAGUUGCGCAACGUCCUGCUCGCCUUCUCCUGGCGGAACCCGGACAUCGGCUACUGCCAAGGUCUAAAUAGAUUGGUGGCAGUGGCCCUCCUGUACCUGGAACAAGAAGAUGCUUUCUGGUGUCUAGUCACCAUCGUGGAAGUUUUCAUGCCUCGAGACUAUUACACAAAGACUCUUUUAGGAUCCCAGGUGGACCAGCGGGUGUUCAGAGACCUCAUGAGCGAGAAGCUGCCGCGGCUGCACGCCCACUUUGAACAGUACAGAGUCGACUACACCCUCAUCACAUUCAACUGGUUUCUGGUGGUGUUCGUGGACAGCGUUGUCAGUGACAUACUCUUUAAAAUAUGGGACUCUUUCCUUUACGAGGGACCAAAGGUUAUCUUCCGCUUCGCCCUGGCACUUUUUAAAUACAAGGAAGAGGAGAUCCUGAAAUUGCAGGAUUCGAUGUCCAUAUUCAAGUAUCUCCGCUACUUCACUCGCACUAUCCUUGACGCUAGGAAGCUGAUCAGUAUCUCCUUUGGAGACCUGAACCCAUUCCCCCUGCGUCAGAUCCGGAACCGGCGCACCUACCACUUGGAGAAGGUCCGGCUGGAGCUGACAGAGCUGGAGGCCAUCCGGGAGGACUUCCUGCGUGAACGGGACACCAGCCCCGACAAGGGUGAGCUGGUCAGUGACGAGGAGGAGGACACCUGAGUGCCACCCACCCCGCCCCACCCCUGCCCCCUGACGCUGCUCUUCUUGCCUUCACAACCAAAGUGUACCAAAGGGUGAACUGCAGAGAAGUCUCUGCUUGCUUCAGAGCCAGAAUGUAACCUGCGUGGUCUCCGGGAGUCUGCUGGGCAGAUGUCCGAAGCCACUCUGCACUUUCUCUUUUCCACUCGGGGUGGGGGUCUGAUCUGUUUACAGCCAUCUUCGUGCCGUGGCAUUUGGUUACUCGUAUCCCGUCAUGCUUUCUGCCUGAUCGGUGCAUCACCAGGCUUACAGGUGGCUAUUUUCAGGAACCUGUUUACAGCAUCUGUUGGUUGUGUUGGUGUCUUUGCACUUAGAAAACCUUACAUGGGCCCUCUCCCCAUGUGGUGUCUCCUGUCCAUGUGGGCAGUCGUGGGCAUCUUUUUAACAGCUGCCGUGGAGGACGCCCACUGUGCUUCAGAUACGCCCAGGCCAGAGUCUGACUGCUUUGGGCGGCAUAAGGUCAGUGUGGGAAAAAGGAUUUCCUUACAAAGUUAAGCACAUCCCUUGUUAAGAAACAGCCUAUAGAAAGGCCACAGACCUGCUGGUGGCAUCAAGCUGCUGGCUGUGCCCCAUUUCUGGAAUAGCUUUUGCCCUUUCAUGCACAGUCUUUCAAACUGUGGCUCCCAGCCUGCUUGGGGAGAGCCUGCCUCUCCAGACAUCGCACACUCACUCCUCUGCCUGCGCGGCUCCGUGAGGUUCUGUGCAGUUAUUUCCAUCUGAGAAUUGACCAAGGUUCUGCAUGUGUGGAUGGGAGUCCAAGGAAACUGGAUCAGCAUCCUACAAAGCAGGCCCACCCCUGGGCAGGCCCUGGGAGAGGGGAUGGAGGCAGCUUUUCUGGGGGUGCUUUGCAAGGCAGCGGUGCAGCUGCAGAGUGAAGGCUGUCGGACAGCCGGAAACCAUGACUUCUCGGGAGCAGCCAGUGCCCCUGCUCUCCUCUGCCUGCUGGGGCAGCCAGGAGCCUGGCUGCCAGGGCCUGGAGCUGGAAGUGCCUUUGCCUGGGGUCAGAGCUUUGAGCCCUCCCAGACCUGUCCCCUCCCCAGUGCCACACAGAAGCUUCCCUGUUCUGGGCAGCGGUCCUCCCUGCGGGGUCACCGUUGCUCCCAGUAUGUCAGGAUGCCCAGGGAGUUUUGGGUCUUAGAAGGCCUGGAAAGAGGCUCUGCGCAAUGAACAUGGUUUUUGCUUAAUCACCCUGUGGACCAUCCCUGAUGUGUAGAUGUGAAAGAUGUUUCCUGGACAGUAUUACUCAAGUAUGGAAGGAAACAAUUUUAAGCGGAUUUUUUACACUACCUGGAAAAAAUUGGAAAUAAUCCUUAGUUGAUAGCUAUUAUUAAACACACUCAGACUAUUGAAGCAGUAUGAUUUGAAAAAGUGCUUUUUUCCGUAAGCCUGGUUUUUCUGUUCGUUACUGUCAACCUUCUGGCAGGAUCCUAGUUUAGGAUGGCAUUUCAGCAGACCGGACUGAACUCGGCUUUUGUCUUUGGUUAAGUUGGUUAAUUUGAUUUUUCACUGUGUAGAGGAAGCUGGUCUCUGUAUGUAGCCAAAAGCCUUCGUCUCUUUUCAGGUAUCAAAAAUAUGUUUUCUCUGUUCUGGUUUUUGGGAGCGGCUGUUUGAGGUCUGCCUUCUUCAGGAAGCUGCCUGUGAGCUAGGUCACUGCAAGGCGGCUGUUGCAGCCUCACAGCCCUGCAGACUCCGCAGGACCAGUGGGGCUGCUGGAGCCCACCUCCCCGCCCCCCACUUUCCACAUCUGCUGUCAGCUGACGGGGCCACAACCCAGGCGGUGCAGGAGGAAUGGGGCUGGGGCCCCUGGAUCAGCUCCAGCUUCUUUGAGACUUUAGAUUCCAAGUGGGUUUCCCCCUGGAACUGCUACAUCCUGGGGGCCUAAAAUGCUGCCUUUAGGAAUAGGCUUGUUGUGUCUAUUUUGCCUUGAAAAGACUCAUCUUAAAAGCACCUGAAUUGGGCCCAGGGGGCCUGUGUAUCCACAGCCCAUGGCGUGGGCCAUUCUCUGAGUGGCAGUGUGUUACCAGUGGCCAGGCAGUGGGCGUCGGAGAGCAGAGAGAUCGUGGAGGAGCUGGACUGGGGACACUUUCUUGGAGGUUCCCCUCUCUGGGUGUCUGGAGGGUGGGAAAGGGAAUGCUUGGCCUGACUCCAGGCUGGGGACAGGAUGGAGCCUCCUCCUCCCUCCACAACUGUAGGGUCUGGUCCCACUCACUAUUUUGAGCCAGCACUUCCCCUCUCUUGUGCCACUGAGGAAAGAGCAGCUCUGUACCCUCCGGUGCCUCCCCCAGUGGCUCCCACGGGGAGGGCCCUUCUGACAGGUGCUGCCUCCGCACCCAGCCUGGGGUGCCUGCAGGAUGGGCCUUGGGCUGAGGCUGGAGGCCCUGUGGGCGGGGCAGCCUCCAGUCUGCUUCCCAAACGCACACACCACGGCCA